CAUUGUGCCUCUUAGCUAGAUCCAAUCAACAAGGCUCGUCUUUUAAGGAAAAAAAGUCCAUAUCACCACCGAAAGCAAUAGUAUCAUAGCUGUAGUCACUCUUUUGAAUUCUAUUCCUCACUCCUUCACACAAUCUUCUUCACUGAGAAAGAUUUUAACCUUUCCAGUCUCCAACAAUGUUAACUAUCCAUCUCCUUCAUCUACUGCUCCUCAGUUCCACCUUCUACUACUUCCUCUCCCCAGUCCAAGCAGUACCCAACUCAGAAAACCAACCAAGUCUUCCCACCGGCACUGGCACUGGCACGGGCACCGGCGCCGGCACUUGUCGUGAAACAUGUGGCUCAAUCCCAGUAAGGUAUCCUUUUGGCACAGGAAUAGGAUGUGGGCACCCAGAUUUUGGGAGAUACAUAAAAUGCAACUCAGGGAGACUCCAAUUCUCAACAAGUAGAGGUGUCUACACUGUAUCUUCAAUUGACUACCAAACUCAAACUCUUAUACUAUCAGAUCCUCUCAUGUCAACUUGUAAUUCUAUGCAGAAUUCAGGUAGCUUUAGCUUAGAUUCAUCUUCUCCAUUCAACAUAGUAAGUGAUGAUAUCUUUGUUUUGCUUGGUUGUUCCACAACAUCUCCAGUGUAUGAUCCAAAUCAGGACUUGUGUGAUACUACCGGAUCAGCUUCACAUGUCUGUAAGGGUCUGUACUCUUGUAAAGGGGUUACAGGUAUUGGAUUGGAACCAAAUAAUGCUCCAAUCUCUACUUGUUGUGUUUAUGAUCCACCAACUGGGUUGGGUUCUUCUAGAUCUGCUUAUACAGUAUUAGAUCUUCCUAAGCUUCAAUGUUCAUCUUAUUCAUGUAUUUAUGGGUUUGGAGAAGAUGACAGGGAUCCAAUGAAAUGGAAUUAUGGAAUUUCUCUUCAGUUUAAUGAUUCUAAUUACCAAAAAGAUGCUUCUAAUUGUAAGGAUUGUGAGAGUAGUGGUGGUUUCUGUGGCUUCAAUGGCUUGGAUGAGUCUUUUGCUUGUGUUUGUCGUAAUGGCAUCAACACCACCACCAACUGCUAUGGACAAGGUUAUGCUUGGAGUGAAACAUGGAGACUCAAAAUUGAAAUCAAAAGGAGAAUCACAUUCACAGGGAUUUUGGUCUUCUGGAUAGCAUUCUUCAUUUAAAAUGAAGUGUACACCAAUCAGGAAAGCAAAGAGAGAGAAGAAGAAGAGGAAUUAGAUUAAGCAUCAAAGUGCAAGUAAGGUUCAAAUUAUGAGAAAGAAGUAUAGUGAUGUUAGCUUACAAUGGAUAAUUAUGGCCAAGUUAUAGAACUGAUUGAUGGCGUUUUGAUUUUUUUUAUCAAGCCAUGUGGCAUUUUGUUCA